CGCAAAUCGACCGACGAACACAAAUCUGGUUUUGCAGAACGUGACAGCGCAGUCCAACGGGUCGCAGAGUAGUCCCACAUCGCAAUCCGCCAUGGCCACGACAGCAGUCUGGACCGAGUCGGCCGACGUCGUCGCGCGCUGCAAGAGCCUCGUGGCGCAAGGCGUCGCCAGCACAGUAAGCGUGCCCAGCACCGCGCCGACGAGCGUGGCCACCCGCCUCACGCGCGUCGGCCUUUCCUGGAACGCCCUCUCGACCUUGCAAAAGCAAGCGCUUCUUUGGGACCACGGCCUCGUGCAAACCGACGCGACGACGUAUACGCAAGUGUACACGAGCUGCGAAAGCGACGGCGUCGGCCGGGCCAUGGCCUCGAUUGGCCUCACGAAAGCCGAGGUCGCGGCCGCCGGCGUCGCUCUCGCGACCUGCCCCGCGUCCACCGGCAACUACGCACGCCAGGAUAUUGGCUCGUUCCCGCUCAAGCUCACCAAGUGCGCAGUCCCGCUCAAGAGUGCGUUCACGAGCAAUGCGAGCGUGUGGAGCCAAGACGCGCUCGGCGCGACGCGGCCGUUUGACCUGCGCGUGUACCAGCACACGGCGACAUCCGGCGCCAUCAUGGCCAUCCACGCGACCAGCGCUGGCGGCGCCGACACGAGCACGACAACGUCGAUCGGGUCGUGUCCGUCGACGCCCGGCGGCCUCGCGAUUCCGUGCGCCAUCUACUCGACUGCGGUCGUCGCGUCGGGCAGCGGCAGUGGCACCGCACCCAAGUGGUGCGUCCCGCCAACCUCGGACGCCAUGACGUCAUGGCUCCUCGAAGUGCGCGCAGCAAUCAAGACGGCGGCGCCUGGUGCGUCAUCAUCGUCGACCGCCGCGAUUGUACUCGGUGUGCUCCUCGGCCUCGUGCUGCUCGCUGGUGGCGGCUACUGGUUCUUCUUUGUGCGCAAGCCGCGCAAGAAGAAGCGACGCACGAAUGACGCGCCGGGCUUCCUCGGCAACGCGUUCUUGCGCCAUAAGAACCAACGCCCGGAGCCGGAGGAAGAAGACUCGUACGAGCGUCAGCUCCAGGAAAUGAACGUCGGGACGGCUGCGGCGUCGCUCAAGCUCAACGCGUUCGAGCACGACCCGUUCUUGUUUUCCCGGCGCUUGCCGUACGGCGCGGUAACGUGCCACCGCAUCUUGUCGAAAGGGGCGUAUGGCGAAGUCUGGAUCGGCUCCUUCCGCGGCAAGGAAGUCGCGAUCAAGAAGAUCCUGCACGCCAAGCGCCACGACACGUUUGAGCUCGAGUGCUUUACGGAGGAGAUUCGCAUCAUGGCGGCGCUCGACCACCCGCACAUUGUGCACCUCAUUGGCUUUGCGUGGGAUACGCUCACGAACCUCUGCGCGGUCACCGAGUACCUCGCCAAAGGUGACGUGACGGGGUACCUCGUGGCCAACAUGGAUUUGAACUGGGACGCCAAGCUGCGGCUGGCGGUCGGCACAGCUCGGGCGCUCGCCUACCUCCAUGGCCGUUCGCCUGCGAUCAUUCACCGCGAUCUCAAGAGCAAGAACAUCCUCGUCUCGGACACGGGCGAAGCCAAGUUGAGCGACUUUGGCAUCUCGCGCACCCGCGUGGCCGACGAAACCAUGACUGUCGGUGUCGGGACGGUGUACUGGACCGCCCCCGAAGUGCUAUUGGGCCAAAAGUACACGGAGCAAGUCGACAUUUACUCGUUUGGCGUUGUCCUCUGCGAGCUCGACACGCACCGCGCGCCGUACGCCGACAUGCAGGAGGUUGCGCAAAUGGCGAUCGCGCAGCGCGUCGCGACGCACCAGUUUCGCCCGCCCUUCAGCGCCAAGUGCCCCAAGCUCGUGAAAGACCUCGCUGACCGCUGCAUGGCGCAAGACCCGAGCGCGCGCCCGAAUGCGCAGGAGAUCGUCGACCUCAUCGAGCUCUGGAAGGGCUGGAAACAAGCCUAGGCUCUCGCGUCUUAUGUGUUGUCGAAUUGAAUAUACUGCAAAUAAAAAUGAGAUCUUAUUGCUGUGGAA